UCCACAAGUCUUCUCUUACUGAAGUAAAAGUAAAAAUCCCAAAAGGGUGAGGGGAAAACCAGAUUUUCCAUGGUUUCUUUGUUUCCUGUGCAAUUCCCUGUGGCUGAAAGAAAGAUGUCGGUAUGCUGACUGUCAAGGUUACUUUCAGUCACACCUGAGGCCAUUGGUUUUUUGUCAGCAGUUGGAGUCUUUGUUGUCUUGUUGGCACUGCUCUUCCUCUUCAUCAACAAAAAACUGUGCUUUGAAAAAGUCGGUGGACUCCCGUGUCUUGAACUGAAGCGAAAAAGAAAACGAGUACGAGAAAAAGCUGGAAUCCACAGAGGUCUUGCUCAGAACAAAGUAACUGGCAUGUUGACAGAUUAAAACGUCUGGAUCUUUACACAAUCAAGCAUUCUGCAAUCAAUUAGUCAUGGCUUCUGAAGAACUUCUGAGGAAGGGUCCAUUCACGCAGUCCUUCUCCGAUUGGAUGUCGCAGAUAUCUGAAUCAUUCCAACAAGCUGGGAGUUCCAUUUCCAACAGCUUUCUAAAUCUUCGUCAAGGUGCAUCCACUCAAACGUCAAACUCUGUGGUUUCAAAUCCCUCAACAAAUGCAGGGCCAGAGGAUCAGGAACAAGACCGAACCCUGAAAACUGACUCCGUUUUAGCCUCUGAUGAUGGUUCCCCGGGCGCAGAAAUUGAUCUACAGCCUGAAACUGUCACAGGGUUGGAAUCUUCAGAAUACCAAGCUGCUGAAAUGGGAUUGCACGAUAACGCAAGUGCAAUUGAUAGACUUCAGCCAGAUGCAUAUGAUUUUCAAGGUGAAGACAUGGGACAAGUCACUUCAAUUUCAUACAAUGGGAUAGAUUCAACAGAUGUAACUGUUGUAAAGGCCAGUAUGUAUAGCAGUGCCGAUUUUUAUGACAACGAGCGCCUGAAUUAUCUGACUGCUAUUCCAGAAGAAGAAGCAGAAAACCUCAAUCCUGAAGUCGGAUCUGAUCAUAACUAUGCCAAUGUGAAGUGUGAAGCAGAUUAUAAUGAAACUGAUGUGAAGUUUCAGGCAGUGAACAGCUAUGGGGAUGAUGAGGAGUUGACUACAUCUACAGACAGCGAUGAGGAAGUGAUCAAACAGUUUGAAUUCUCUGUGUCAAGGUCCCAGAGUUUCCGCUCUACAGUGUCAGAAAAGGUGACGCAGGCGGGUUUAGAGCGUAGGCAGAAAUUUAAUCGUUUACCUUCGAAUCACGAAGAGUACAGCACAGAGGCCUCUGAAGUCGAAGAUACAGAUAAACAGCAUCAGUUUAGCAUCCAAGGUAAUUGUUCUUAUCAAGAAGAUCAGUUAUCCAUGGGUUCAGGCACUGCGUCUGAGGGUGGAACAGGUCAUCCAAGGGCUUCAGAUGAAACAGCUGGAACUCUGGAUAAGAAUCAUGGGAAACAGCAAACUGAUGAGGGAAGUCCCGAUCAAGAGACCAACUUUGACAACCAGGCCUAUGAAGGAAAUGACCAAACAGAUAGUUCAUCAGCAUGGAGCCCAGAGGAGACAGAGGGAAAGCCAACAGUUCCUCAGCAACAGGACCCACCUGAGCCAAUUUCAAAAUGUGGAGACCUCUACCUCACAUUCAAUUACAAACCCUCCAACCACAAACUGGCUGUUACAAUAGUUACAGCUAAAAACAUCCCAGAUAAGGACCGCAGUGGGGCAAAUUUUUGGCAAGUUCAUACGGUCCUCUUGCCGGGCAAGAAGCAGCGUUCCAAAACCAAUGUACAGCGGGGACCUAUGCCAGUCUUCAACGAGACUUUUAGGUUUAAUAAGGUGGAGCCAGAGGACCUGCAUAAUCAUGCUCUCCGCUUUCGCCUGUAUGCAGUGAGGAAGAUGAAUCGAGUGAAAAUGAUGGGGGAGAAGUUGUUUUACCUCAGGAAUCUAAACCAGGAGGGAGAAAUGGAAGUUUCACUAGUUCUAGAGCCAAGGAGUAACAUAACAAGUGGAGAUUCACAGAUCAGCCUGUCUGCCAUCUCUCACAGUGACAGUGCUUCGUCUACACAGUCGCUUUCACAUGGUGGAACACCAGAACUACUUGUUGGAUUAUCUUACAAUGCCACGACAGGAAGACUUUCUGUUGAAGUAAUCAAAGGCAGUCACUUCCGAAACUUGGCUCUGAACAGACCACCUGACACCUAUGCGAAGCUCUCUCUCCUUAACUCAGUCGGACAGGAAAUGUCUCGGUGCAAGACUUCCAUUCGGCGUGGUCAGCCCAACCCAGUUUACAAGGAGACUUUCAUCUUUCAGGUGGCUCUUUUCCAGCUCUCUGAAGUCACAUUAAUGAUCUCAAUAUACAACCGACGUAGCAUGAAGCGCAAGGAAAUGAUUGGAUGGAUCUCCAUGGGUCAAAACAGCAGUGGCAAUGAGGAGCAAAAUCACUGGCUGGAGAUGAAGGAAUCCAAAAGCCAUCAAGUUUGCAGAUGGCACACAUUACUGGAAUCAUAAACACAGUAUCGCUAAUUAAAGACAGCUUAGUGGCCUUUUAUCCAGACAUCCUGAACAUUUUCACCAGUGCAACAGGCUUCUAUUGUACUUCAACAUUCAUGCCCUUCCUUAAAAUCUUAAAAUAGCCAAAUCAUUAAAGAAUAUCUUUAGUGAACAGCAAAUUGCUUAGCCAACAUAAGGAAUUCUUUCAGGGAUUUAAAAGCUAUUUACAUUAGCUCAGUGCCUGUGGAGGUGCAUUAUUGUGUCACUUUGAUAUGACAUCAACAAUGACAACAAAUCAGUAUUGAGGAUGAGCAGAUAGUACAAAGGAAUCACUGUUGCCAUAGCUAUAAAUGCAUGUCAUUUAAAUCUUUAAAUGGUCAAUACUUAUUGCAGCACCGUGCAUGCAGAAAUGAAUUGGCUUUUCAAACACUGUCUUCGUACAGAACAGCUUUCUUCAGUCUAUAAUUUACUGACAACUAAAGCUACAAACUAAUGCUGCUUAAAAACAAGUUUAGUAACCAAUAAAUCCAGAGUGAAGAAAAUGAACAGCAUCAUUCAAAGUGAAUCAGUAAGUAAAAUGGCUCAAUAAAAUGUUUCUUCCCCAGCAUAUUCCAAGUGGGCAUUCUCAAAAGGAGCCUUAAACUAGCUGUGAAUUAUUACAAAGUUCUCAUUGCAGGGAUGAGUACAUCAAUACACAUCAUCGAGGGCAUUUUCCACAAAUUGUAUGUUAUUUGUGGUUGCCCCUGUCAGUAAACAUUUUGAACUUUUUAUUCUUAAAUCUUCAGAACCAGGUAAGGGUUAACAGAGCACCGAAAGUGGAGCAGAUGAGGAGCUACAGAAGUGUAGAGAAUGGAGUGCUAAAGGCCCAUGUACAUUGGGACAUUUGUGGUAUUUUGUGGAGAGAUUUUGCUAAGGGCACACACAGAAGUAGAUGGGUUCAUGUAUAGGAAGGUCAAGAAUAGCUGGACAGCAAGCAAGAAAAUUAUCCAGAUUAUUUAUAAUUGGCACAACAGGAGUAUUGCGGUUAUGUGCCAUGGCAAAGAACCAAAACCUGAAAAUACCCCUCAAGCCACUCACUAUCUUAAGGACAAAAGGGUAACUAGGGAGAGAAUCGGGCCCCUCACAGAUCAGCAAGGCAG